AUCAUUCGGUUUAAUAAAUAGAAAUAAAAUGAAAUAAUAACAACAUUUAAACAAUGGUGACAGAAACCGCCCCUGUCGUGAAAUCCGACGACAGCGCUUCGUUUCUGCGAGCAGCGCGAGGUGGAAAUACUGAAAAGGUUUCUGAAUAUCUCAAGAACGGAACAGACAUCAACACCUGUAACGCGAAUGGGUUGAACGCACUUCAUCUCUCCUCUAAAGAGGGUCACGUGCAUAUAGUUCAAGAUUUGCUCGCAAGGGGAGCAAAAAUCGAUGCUUCCACAAAAAAGGGAAAUACUGCACUUCAUAUUGCAAGCUUGGCUGGUCAAGAAGAGGUUGUGAAGAUUCUAGUUGCUCAUUCUGCCAGUGUGAAUGUGCAGUCCCAGAAUGGAUUCACCCCGCUUUACAUGGCCGCCCAGGAGAACCAUGACGGGGUUGUCAGGUUUCUUCUUGCGAGUGGGGCGAGCCAGUCCCUUGCUACUGAAGAUGGGUUCACUCCAUUGGCUGUUGCCCUUCAGCAAGGACAUGAUAAGGUUGUCGCAGUUUUAUUAGAGAACGAUACUCGUGGCAAGGUUCGCCUACCUGCGCUCCAUAUUGCCGCGAAAAAAGACGACACUAAAGCUGCUGCGCUUCUGCUACAGAACGAUCACAACCCUGAUGUCACGAGCAAGAGUGGGUUUACACCACUCCAUAUUGCUUCCCACUACGGAAAUGAAAACAUUGCUGCUGUUUUGCUCCAAAGAGGAGCAGAUGUUAACUAUUCAGCAAAGCACAACAUCACUCCUCUCCACGUGGCUGCUAAAUGGGGUAAAUCCAACAUGGUUUCCCUUCUGCUGGAUAAAGGAGCAAACCUGGAGUCAAGAACAAGAGAUGGUCUUACACCCCUUCAUUGUGCUGCCAGAUCUGGUCACGAGAAUGUUGUUGAUAUGAUGGUACAGCAAGGUGCUCCUAUCUCAGCAAAAACAAAGAAUGGUCUUGCACCUCUGCACAUGUCGUCACAGGGUGAUCAUGUAGAUGCUGCCCGAAUCCUCCUUCAUCACAAGGCCCCGGUGGAUGAGGUUACGGUAGACUACUUGACUGCCCUUCACGUGGCGGCGCAUUGCGGUCAUGUGCGCGUGGCUAAGCUCCUCCUUGACCGGAAAGCGGAUCCAAACAGCAGAGCGCUCAAUGGUUUCACUCCACUCCAUAUUGCCUGCAAAAAGAACAGGAUCAAGGUUGUGGAGCUAUUGCUGAAGUACGGAGCAAGUAUUGAGGCAACAACUGAAUCCGGCUUAACUCCUCUCCAUGUUGCAUCCUUUAUGGGAUGUAUGAACAUCGUUAUAUACCUCAUACAGCACCAGGCUAGCCCUGACGAGGCAACUGUGCGCGGAGAGACACCUUUACAUUUAGCAGCGCGCGCCAACCAGACGGAUAUCAUCAGGAUUCUCCUCAGGAAUGGAGCUAAAGUUGACGCUACUGCCCGGGAGCAACAGACCCCGCUUCACAUUGCCUCCAGACUCGGGAACGUGGAUAUUGUUGUUCUUCUGCUUCAGAGUGGAGCUAAGGUUGGUAUUUGA